AUGCUUUUGCCCAGAAGGCUCCGACCAUCCCUCCUGUGGUUUUCUUAUUCCUCACGAGCCCUCAGACAUUCUGGUCAAGUUCACAGUCCUCACCACACCGCCGUUCCAAGUACAAGGUUGGGCUUCACUCCAACGUGGAUAACCGCUCAUAACCGAUUGAGCAGUGGCACGAGAAUCUGGCUUUCCACUACUGCAUCAGAUCCCUUGAGCUUGGAAGAAUCCCUGGAAAUUGAUCCCACAUCUCCCGGAUCAUUCUCUGUCUUGAUGAACGAUCACAAGGCAGUUUCUCCGUCGAUGCUUGCCGAAGUAUGGACUCCAUUGAUGUUGAAAGAAAGUAAAGAAUCAUUAUCAUCGCAGGGGACACCAAAGCAGGUUCAGGCUGCAAUUUCACGGACCAUUCCCUUAUUGUCGUCGUCCGGCGCAUCGGGUCCAGCCUCGGCGUCCGUCCCGUUUGUCUGUCGGUAUCGAUCCGAUGUCAUUCAUCCAUUGACCACCCAACAAGUACAUCAGCUACAAACCUGGAUAUCCCAACAUGAAUCACUAGCAACUCUACGGAAAAAGCUGUUGGAUGCUCUGAAUGGUGACAAAGACAGAUCCAAAACGAAGGACCGUGCUCUUGUGAAGCGCAUCUUGACGAGUAUUUCCAAGACCGAGCUAGAUGAUCUCUAUGCACCUUACAAGCCACCUGCCAAAGGCUCUAUUCUCCAACAGAUUGUAAAAGAGCAUCCGAAACUAGUCCAAAGCUUGGAAGAGCUGUGGUCAUCGUCAAGCAAUGAAAGUCAAAGUAGCAUCAAGCAAGAUUUGGAUCUAAUCAACAAAUUGUCCAGAGAAUAUCCACAGGAAGCGAUCGUGUCAUGGUUGGGAUCCAAGGUUGCUGCAGAGCCAAAGAUGGGAGAAAUUGUCUCGGAUCAGUUACACCGAUAUGGCAAACUUCAGACUAAGCUUAUUUAUUUCACCACUACUGCUUCGAAAUCAUCCAAAGAUGGCAAGCAGGAAAAUUCAAAUGACAAAGUUUACGAAAACUACCAUGACUUUUCCAUGCUACUUCGGCUCAUCAAGGACCAUCAAAUCUUGGCCAUUCGAAGAGGUUCGGCACAAAAGGUUCUUCGAAUGUCCUAUGACAUUGACUCAACCAAGAUGGAAUCUUGCUUGAAGUACCAUUUGCACAACAGCGAAACACCAUUGGUUCCAUCAUGGCUGCGUCGCAAAAGUAAUCUAUUCUCCGAAGUUGUGCACGAUGCCUGGUCUAGACUCUUGAGAAGACGAGGUACUCAACGCUGGUGGAACGAACGGUGCAAGGAAGCACAAGAUCGUGCCUCGUGGGUCUUUGCCAACAAUUUGGAGCGGGCACUACUAGCACCCCCAUUGCAACCAACUCGACCACUAUUGGCAUUGGAUCCGGGGUAUCAAGCAGGUAUCAAGUGCGCCGUUUUGGAUGCAUCGGGACAAGUAAUUAAGCUUGACACAGUCCAAUUUCUGGGCAAGCACAAGGAUCGAGCCGUGUCGAAAUUGCAAGAUCUGCUUCGGGCGACUCAUGAUCUGGAUCCUUCUGCUGGUGAUUCCUUGACGCUAGUCGCCCUUGGGAAUGGACACGGGACGAAUGAAUGUCGCCAGCUGAUUCAGGAAGCCGCAUCUCAAGACGAAACGAAAAUUGACCUUCAGUUGGUAAACGAAGCUGGCGCCAGUGUCUGGAGCGUAUCACCAGCUGCCUUGAAAGAGUUUCCGGAUCAACCAGCAUCAGCCAUUGCAUCCAUUUCCAUUGGAAGACGCCUUCAGAAUCCACUCUUCGAGCUGGUCAAAGUACCGCCCAAGAGUUUGGGAUUAGGCAUGUACCAACAUGACUUGUCCGAAAAGGAACUCGAAGAGCGACUUCAUCUUACCAGUGUCGAUGCCGUAGCCAAAGUUGGGGUUGAUUUGAAUACUUGUAGCCUUCCAAUUCUGGAAAUGGUCCCCGGUCUAAACAAGCUGGCUCCAAAGGUUGCGAAGGCCCGCCCGUUUGCCUACCGCGAUGAGUUGCUAAAAGUGACCGGGCUAGGUCCCAAAACAUAUGAGAAUUGCGCAGGCUUUUUGCGGGUACCCAAUGGAGAAGAACCACUGGAUAAUACUCUUGUUCACCCAGAAUCCUAUGACUUGGCUCGUUUCCUCUUGACACAAUUGAGGCUGUUGAUGAAGGAGGAUGAGAGGACAAUAAAAACUAUUUCUGUCCCAAAAGAGAAAUGGAUCGAACAGUGGGACACGGAGAUCGGUCAAGCCUCCGACAAGUUCAAUGUUAGCAGAGAGCGCGUCAUUUCAGUGCUGGAAAAUCUGAUUGAUUCCAUAUUGCAAAAGGACCCGCGGUUAGAGAGCUCUGCUAAUGGAAAAUCUUCCACCACCGAGGUUGGUUGUAUCAAAGGCUGUACCCUGUUGCCAUCCGACCUUGCCACAAAUGCCGAAAAGCUCAAAGAAGCUGCACCAUUGCGUGGUAUCAUUGCGACUGUCCGAAAUAUUGCCGAUUUUGGUGCCUUUAUAGACUUUGGUGGUCCCAAUGAUGGAUUGCUCCACACUUCGAAAUUGGGUCCGCUCGAGCUCUCACAGUUGUUGAUUGGCCAGGAGCUUGGAGUUGAUAUCCUCCAGGUGGAUAAUCAUCGAAUAUCACUGGGACUCUAUGGAUUGAAUUCCGAGCCCACCCAACGCAAGCCAGGAGACACAAGAGUGAAAGGAAAGCCAAAGGGUAGCGGGUCGACCUCAGGAUCUGGAUCGGGAUCGAAACGGUCCAUGUCCACAAAGACCAAUGCCAGAAAGAAGCGACGCACAUAG